UUUAUGGUUCACGCUCUGAACUUGACAGGCCAACGCACGUGUAUAAAUAUAAAAGAAGUUGGAUUGCUGUUUAUUUCACACAAAAUGGAUGUAGUAAAGGCAGUUUUGGAAAAGCAUCAAAAAGAAUUGGACAAAUAUAAGCCAAUUACUGUGGAAAAACAUCUAGAAUGUCGAAUUGAUGUUGGCACACUUCUCAUCACAGAUCCAAAUGAUUUGGACGACCGGCAGCUGGCCAACAACAAGGAGGAAUACCUGUCCGCCCUAACACGUGAGAAUACACAACUACUGGUCAAUGCAAUUUGGGAGCUGCCAACCGAACGCGUCGACGAGAGUAUUGUAGCAAAGUUACCGGAGCCAACGACAGUGCUGCCGCGUCUACGCAAGCCUCCUGGUCCACGACCUCUGACAAAAUGGGAGAAGUUCGCCAAGGAGAAGGGCAUCACAAAGAAAAAGAAGGAUAAAAAAACUUACGAUGAUGUCCUGGACAAAUGGGUACCCACUUAUGGCUUCAAACGUGCCGAGGCUGAAAAAGAUAAGGAGUGGGUGUUGGAGGUGCCCCAAAAUGCGGAUCCCAACACAGACAUGUUCCAGAAGAAGAUCGAUCUGCGCAACGAGAAGGUGGCUAAGAACGAGAUUCAACGUAUGAAGAAUAUUGUACGGGCCAAAAAGAUUGAUAUGCCACGCAGCGGCUAUCUGGGCCCAGAGGCUGCAUCUUCCAAUCAGCUGCUUACGGCCGUAACCGUUGCUAAGUCCUCGACUGCAUCGGUGGGCAAAUUCCAGAGCAAACUACCUAAAGAAAAGGAAGCCCGUGGUCUUGGUGUUAAGGAGCUGAUACCAGGUGGCAAACGGAAAGCAUCGCAUAUCACAGCACAGCCUGAGCGGGAGGCCAAUUUGGAUCUCAUUAAAAGUGUGUUGAACAAGAAGCCCAAAUUGGAUGUUGAGAAGGCGAUAUCGCUGCAAAAACAAGAUGAGCGGAUAGAGCGGGAAGCUGAGGGCGCCAACAGACCAGCGAAAAAGGGCGGAAAGAAGGGCAAGGGCAGUCGCAAGGCAGUUGGCAAGAAGCCCAAGGGUCAUCAAGGCCAGCGUGCGCCGGGCAAGAAGGGUCAGGCCGGUCGCAAGCGUCGCUAAAUCAAAAUUGGCCACUU